AUGUCGAAACUUGUUUCGUCGUGGCAGGUCCGCGCCGAGGCCGGCGAACCCUUUGCAGUGAUCCGGGUCCGCGACCUUCAGAGCAUGAUCAAAGUCGGCACCGAUGCCUGGGGCCGCGAGGGCAAGACGCAGCCCAUUGUCGUCUCCGCCGAGCUGUCCAUGUCAGAGCCUUUUGAGGCCGCGUCACUCUCGGACAAGGUCAGCGAUGACACGGUGCACUACGGCCUCUUGGCCAAGGCGAUCCUCGGGUUACUGGACGACGUGAACCGCUACGAGGACGACAUGACCCUGGAACAGGCCAUGAGGAUGAUCUGGGGCGAGUUGACUGGGUACCUCAUCCACGGGUCCGAGUCGGAUGAGCCGGGGUUCUUGAAGAACAAGCUUCCCAAGAUUCGGUACCUGAACAUCACUCUCACCCUGCCAAAGGCGUCCCUGCUUGGUAGCAGCGUGAGCCGGUCUUACUCCUCGACCUGUGACGUCCAUAACGCUUCACCCGCGGGGUGGUUAUACAGCUCGACCCUGCGCUUCAACGACCUGCGCGUGCCUACGCUCAUUGGCGUCAACGACAACGAGAGGCUGGCGAGGCAGAUUGUCGUGGUCAGUGUCGAGAUCGAGGGCUACAAUGGAUACUCGGAUAGUUACGUCGAAAUCGAGUCUUUCAUUGUAAAGAUUCUGGGAGACUCGUCUUUUGAGACGCUGGAAGCCCUCGGUCCCGCCAUCACUCAGGGGGUCAGGCGGUUCUACCAAGAGCGAUCAGAUAUUCACGAGCCUCUCGUCAGGCCCGCAGACUGGACUAUCAAGGUCAUCAUGGAGAAGCCGACAGCCAUCACCUUGGCGGCGGCCUCGUGCGUGGAGUACAGAGAACCCCCACAGGCAAAGCAAUAG